CAACAAAGCGACUGCAGCGCCGCAGCAUGGUGCUAAAUUUGAACUUUCGCGCGCAUUUACUUGGAGUUGCGCACUUAAAAAUUCUUGCGUCCGUGUCGAUUCCGCAGCCAUGAGUGACCCCAAAAAGAAGGCAGUGCCCAAGGAGGGAGCUCAAAAGGGUGCCCCAGCCAAGGUUGCCCCUGGCAAGAAGUUGCCAGCAGUCCCAGAAUCUGUGCUCCUCCGUAGAAAGCGCAGGGAUCAGGAGAGACUUAACAAAAUCAAGUCGACCCUCAAGCAGAAGGUUGAUCGUCUGAAGAAGCGGAAGGAAAUCUUCAAGCGUGCCGAGAACUACGUUAAGGAGUACCGCCUGAAGGAGAGGGAAGAAAUCCGUCUGGCCAGACAAGCCCGCAACCGCGGAAAUUAUUAUAUUCCCGGAGAGGCAAAACUUGCAUUUGUCAUUCGUAUCAGAGGUAUCAACCAAGUAUCUCCUAAGGUCAGGAAAGUCCUCCAGCUUUUCAGGUUACGACAGAUCAACAAUGGUGUCUUUGUUAAACUUAACAAGGCCACACUGAACAUGCUGCGUAUUUGCGAGCCCUACAUCACUUGGGGCUACCCUAACUUGAAGAGCAUCCGAGAGCUCAUCUACAAGAGAGGUUUCGGAAAGAUCCAGGGCAGGCGCAUUCCCAUCACCAGCAAUGACAUCGUUGAGAGUGCUCUUGGAAAGAAGGGUGACAGCAUCAUUUGCGUUGAAGACUUGAUCCACGAGAUCUUCACUGUUGGACCUAGGUUCAAAUAUGCCUCAAACUUCUUGUGGCCUUUCAAGUUGAACACUCCCACUGGUGGCUGGCGCAAGAAGACGACGCACUACGUUGAGGGCGGUGAUUUCGGAAACCGUGAAGACAAGGUCAAUGCCCUGCUCCGUCGCAUGGUGUAACUUCCUUGUAAACUGCCCUCAAUUAAAGUUAAAGAUUUUCCCACAAAA